AUGCGGGGGCACAUCCCUCGAUCAAGAACACAGUUCUACGAAUUCGAGUAUAGAGCUGUACACGAUGACCGCAGUCCAGGGCAUCUCGACCAUCCAGAGUGCAAGUUUCCAGAUUUUCCUCCGCCAGCCACCCAGAAGCGCACGCAAAAUAUAAUAACAGGUGUGAUUUGGUUUGGCUUAAUACUUUUGGGAUCUCUUCUAGCAGUCAACGUUGUCAUCACAGUUCUUCUUGCAGUAAGAGUGGACAACGACGGAUUCGAUUCCAACAAACCAGAAUAUGCGCUAUACAAAAACACCAUUUUCAAGGAUUGCUACAACAGGGCUCUGCCCACAAUCACACAUGACUGUUCCGCAAUUAUGGCUAGGCUACAAGAAACAAAAAGUGAUUAUGGGUUCUUCAGCAAGCCAUACCUGUCACAGUCGAACUAUCUGGAUACCAACCGAACUGCAUAUGACUGGUGCGACAUAAUGAGCUGUUUGAAUGGUUUCAAGAUCAUACCAUCCAAGCCACGUUCAUCGGCCUUCUGGCCUACGACUCUUGAUGUAUGGAAUAAGUCUGGUAUUACUUUCCUCCUGGCCUUUUGGCAACUCCACAAGCUACAUCGCGCUCGAUGGAGAAAAGAGAACACACCAUGCAAGGAAAUGGAGUGGGAUACUUGGAUAAUUCUGGCUUGGGAUGUGGCUUCAUUUAUCUGGUGGUGUGUUGGUCUUGGCAGAUUUGCGCUGGCUCCAGCACUACACCCAAUGCCCUCCAUGCUCGGCUGGGUAUCGACCUGGAAGAAUAGUUACAUGAUACAAUACCACCCAUAUGGUUGUAUAUUGCGCCACUCUCCUAACAGAUUACGAGUCGCAAAGUGGACACUCAUCACACUAGCAACUCUUCAGUGGAUAGGUGGAGUAUACAUUGCGAUAAACACCGCCAAGCCAGGUCUAGCUAGAUCCUCAUACUAUCCCGCCUACGAAUGUCUAGCCUCGCAAAUUUCUGAGGCACCUGGAGUGUCCACGUGCUCAGCAGAUCAGAUCUGCUCCAAGGUGACAAUGUUCGGUUCAGUUCGCUUUGAUUUCCCAAACCAAUUUAUCCAGGGCUUUACUUCGUUUAUUGGACUUUUCGCCGCCCUAUCGGGUGUUGCUAUCAUGAGGGGAUGUACUAUCGGCAUGUUUCCACUGAUUGCAUAUAUGUUCAAAGGGGCAACCGUUGCUAAAUGGAGGAAAAAGGCUUCAAAAUAUGACUUUGGGUUUUCCGGUUCUGUGUGCAUGGCAUCUGGUGGAAGUGCGAUUAUUGGCGCGGUGACUGUGGCGGAGGCUUUGGGGGCUUUCGGACGUGAUCGUGUGGGCCCUGUGGUAUUGCACUGGGACUGUAAUGUGGUGCAUGUCAAUGUAAGCCCAUGGAGGUACUAUCUGGAUGUGGACUAUGCUCUACCACUACGCAUAGCCAAGAUGUGGUUCAAUUCAUGA